AUGAUAUCUGUCAAAAGAAACACUUGGAGAGCACUGAGUUUAGUGAUAGGUGACUGCCGGAAAAAAGGGAACUUUGAAUUUUGUCAAGAUCGCACUGAGAAGCAUUCCACAAUGCCAGACUCACCCGUGGAUGUGAAGACGCAAUCCAGGCUGACGCCUCCAACAAUGCCACCUCCUCCCACUACCCAAGGAGCUCCAAGAACCAGUUCAUUCACACCCACAACGUUAACCAAUGGCACUAGCCAUUCACCAACAGCAUUAAAUGGAGCUCCAUCUCCACCUAAUGGCUUUAGCAAUGGGCCAUCAUCUUCCUCUUCAUCCUCUCUGGCUAAUCAGCAGUUACCACCAGCUUGUGGAGCAAGGCAGCUCAGCAAACUGAAGAGAUUUCUUACAACCUUACAGCAGUUUGGCAAUGACAUUUCACCAGAGAUUGGGGAGAGAGUACGUACCCUUGUGCUAGGACUUGUGAAUUCUACUUUGACAAUUGAAGAAUUUCAUUCCAAACUGCAAGAAGCUACUAACUUCCCACUGCGACCUUUUGUCAUCCCAUUUUUGAAGGCCAAUCUGCCCCUGCUGCAGCGGGAGCUCCUGCACUGUGCAAGGCUGGCCAAGCAGAAUCCCGCCCAGUACCUCGCUCAGCAUGAACAGCUGCUUCUGGAUGCCAGCACCACCUCACCUGUUGACUCCUCAGAGCUGCUUCUCGAUGUGAACGAAAACGGGAAGAGGCGAACUCCAGACAGAACCAAAGAAAACGGCUUUGACAGAGAGCCUUUGCACUCAGAGCAUCCAAGCAAGCGGCCCUGCACUAUUAGCCCAGGCCAGCGGUACAGUCCAAAUAAUGGCUUAUCUUACCAGCCCAAUGGUCUGCCUCACCCCACCCCACCUCCACCUCAGCAUUAUCGUUUGGAUGAUAUGGCCAUUGCCCACCACUACAGGGACUCAUACAGACACCCCAACCACAGGGACCUCAGGGACAGAAACAGACCUAUGGGGUUGCAUGGCACACGACAAGAAGAAAUGAUUGAUCACAGGCUAACAGACAGAGAAUGGGCAGAAGAAUGGAAACACCUUGACCAUCUGUUAAACUGCAUCAUGGACAUGGUGGAAAAAACAAGGCGAUCUCUCACUGUACUACGGCGAUGUCAAGAAGCGGACCGUGAAGAGCUUAAUUAUUGGAUACGGCGGUACAGUGAUGCAGAGGAUUUAAAAAAAGGUGGUAGCAGCAGCAGCCAUUCCAGACAGCAGAGUCCAGUGAAUCCAGAUCCAGUCCCAUUAGAAUCACAUCGGGAAUUCCUUCAUAGGCCUGCUUCUGGAUAUGUGCCAGAGGAGAUCUGGAAGAAAGCUGAGGAAGCAGUCAAUGAAGUAAAACGUCAGGCGAUGACAGAGUUGCAAAAGGCAGUGUCAGAGGCAGAACGGAAAGCCCACGACAUGAUCACUACAGAGAGAGCUAAAAUGGAGCGCACUGUUGCAGAAGCCAAGCGACAGGCUGCAGAGGAUGCAUUAGCUGUUAUCAAUCAACAGGAAGAUUCAAGUGAGAGUUGCUGGAACUGUGGUCGUAAAGCUAGUGAAACCUGCAGUGGUUGCAACACGGCGCGAUACUGUGGCUCAUUUUGCCAGCACAAAGACUGGGAGAAGCAUCACCACAUCUGUGGGCAGACCCUCCAAGCCCAGCAGCAAGGAGAGACACCAGCAGUCAGCUCCUCCGUGACACCCAACAGUGGGGCAGGGAGCCCCAUUGACACACCACCAGCAGCCACUCCUAGGUCAAGCACCCCUGGGACCCCAUCCACCAUAGAAACGACUCCUCGUUAA